UACUACCUUUACUGCAAAGGAAAUACCGUUUUAGAAGAAAAAAGACGUGCAUUCUUGACUGUGGCACUCUCCAACUUUAUAAAUAGAAAAAACACCAGUAAGAGUUACCAAAAAAUUGUGAUCCGUUUUUUUCUGUAGUGCUUUUCAUUGUGUUUCAACAAGAUUAUUAAUUUCAGACAGAUAAUACCUAACUUUACAGGAAAGUGCCUUUACCUUAAACUCGUUUUUCAGAGAGCGCAUUAACAUUAAAUAUGGAAGCAAUUAAUAAAAGCAAGAAUACAUCUAACAUUGAAACUCUAAGGGCUGCUUUUAACAUUUUCGACAAAAACGGUGAUAAUUCAAUUGAUUUAUCGGAGUUAAAAGACCUUAUUAUGGUGGCGGAUCCUAACGUCACAGAAGAGGAAGUAGAAAAAAUGAUGGCUGAAGUCGAUGAGGACAAUAACGGACGUCUAGAUUUCACAGAAUUUUGCGACUUAAUGUCUAGAAAACUGGUCGAUGCCAGAGAAGAGGAUAUAAUUAGAGAAGUUUUUAGUAUAUUUGACAAGGACAACGAUGGAUUUAUAAGUCCAGCAGAGCUAAGGCAUUUAAUGUCCUGCAUGGGAGAGAAUCUGACAGAUCGAGAAAUUGAGGACAUGAUUAACGUUGCUGACUCAAAUGGUGAUGGACUAAUCGACUAUAAAGAAUUUGCUGUCCUUCUCAAAGAAUGA